CGCUGGCCCGACCUCCGACGCGUGACAUCGCACCUGCGCUCUUAUACCAUGGUGCCUACCAGGCAGCGAACAACCAGAGCCGCCGCCGCCGCCCUGGGGCUCGUCGCAGCGAGCCUCUGCUGUAGGCACACCGCGGCCGAAGCUUUCACCACCAGCAGCAGCAGCAGCAGCAGCAGCAGCAGCAGUGGCGCUCGCAACCACCUCGCGUUUGCGCCAGCACAUGGUCAGUCUUGGCUUGCGCGACCACGCGCCAGCCACCAAUCGGCGGCUUCUUCCACGGGACGCGGCCGCCGGAUUGGUGUUCGAGAGCGCAGCAGCCACGGGUAUGGGCCGGGGGCAGCUGCCCAUUCUGUCUCCGAAUUGCCGUCGGCUUGGGAAGAUUGGGGGAGAUCAAGGAGAAGCAGGCAGAGGGGCCGCGGCAGCAGCACUGGCAAGCUCUCGAUGAUGGCUGCCGUCGAAGAUGCCGGGGAAGCGUCCAGUUCUCUUAAGGGCGACGAGGAGGUGGAGCCCUUCAUGCCAGCCCCGCUUCAAGACGCGCUUCCGGCGGAAUGGCAGAAGAAGCUCUCGCAGAUCAACAACGACCCGGCGAAGCUCACCUUCUUCUUGAACGCUGCCGUCGUGUUCCUCUUCGCGGCAUUCGCGGCGUUCAAGCUGGCCACCGUCGACGGCGACAUCGCGAGAGGGUGGACGUGGUACGAGGUACUGCUCCGGGUACCCGGGGAUAAUUUUUACCGUUACGAGGCAACAGUUUCGGAGAGUCCCAUCGUCACCAAGGCCUUCACUUCUUGCGUCGCGUACGGCUUGGGCGAUUUCACGGCGCAGCUCUUCACGGGCAAGACCCUCGAAGAUAUGGACUUGAUGCGUACGGCACGGUCGGCGACAGCUGGCCUCCUCAUCCACGGCCCUCUGUGCCACUUCUGGAUCGAGCUCAUGCAGACCUAUUUGGACUUCGAUGGGGCGUGGUGGAAUUUCAUCCCCAAGGUUAUCGCGGACCAGACUGUGUGGUCCGUGUUCUUGAAUGCGGCCUACUCGACGAUGAUCAUGAGCCUGCAGGGGUUGCCGAAGGAAGAGGUUUGGGGUGAGGUGAAGAGCAAGGCGUGGCCAGCCUUGACCUCCAGCUGGCGGUUCUGGCCCUUGAUACACUGCUGCUCCUUCAGCAACGCUAUCCCCAAGGACCUCAAGCUUCUGUUCAUCGACUGCAUGGAGAUAAUCUGGGUGACCAUCUUGUCCACGGUGGCCAACGGGGACCGCCAGGCCGAUCCCGCGGAAGGCGAAAUGGUGCCCGCUAUGGCCAGUGGUUCCGCCAUGCCCAAGGGGGACGAAGGCGGUCUGGGCGGCGCUCCUGUGGCGAAGAAGACGGAAAAGAAGGGUGAGGUGGUACACCGUUAAAAUCGAUCAGCCCAUCGGUUGUUGGGAAAUAUAUGGGGCGUCACCGAACCCGAUACUAUUGGAGCUGCUUGCUGCUUACUGUUGCUGCUGGACCGUCGUGACUUGGAUGGAGGCGUCCGAAAGCAUGUGUCUCCUUGGCGCCUAUAGACGCGGCCGGGCGCGGAGGCCAGUUUUUGCCGAGUUUGUUGGCGGGGUAGGGGAACGUGGCCCGCUCAUGUGGGCUAGCCUGCAGAACGCCUGCCGAAGAGUGGGAGAGACCGCACACGCUAGCCUGCACCUUUGUGGAAGGCACGAAGGACGGGAAGGCAAUGGGCUAUGUAUGCAUGGGUGGGGGGUUGGUGACUUGCGAGACAGGCGCUACUGGGAUGGAAGGCCGCCCAUCCGUGGUACCAGGAUGGCCGAGCGAGCGGACAUGUUGGAAGGGUUUUUGGUCCCCGACCUGAGAAGCACUGACACGCAGGCAGUUGCGCCGGCUGGUCACAUCAAGGCUUUUAAGGCGUGCGUUUUAUUUGUGACCUUUGACGUACUAUUCCUAAAGCUCAGUCACGGCUGGGGUUGUAGUCUAUACGUCACAAACGCGGUUGUCAUUGCGUACAGGGGUCUUGGUGGCCAAAGACAGCUCGUGAGACCUUCUGGCGUGGUGUUUUCGGUUCGUGGUUUCUCUGCACCCCCCAAGCACGGGAACGUAGCACAAGAGCAGCAGGGACAGAGAUAACCUAGAGCCUCCGACAGAUGUACGUGUGGUCCCUUUGAGAGCGGUACGCGCAGGUGUUUGCGCCCCUCUUGGCCGUUGUGCAGUGGGCAUUGAAUACGUGCUACGUGGGAAAUUUUUGCGGACAUGGCGUAGAUCCCCGCGCGGGGGGGGGGCGAGAGAUUUGGAAGCUACUUAUACGUUGUCCUGGUUGCAUUCGCACAGACAGCGUGCGUGUAUACUACAAUAAGUGAGUUGGGAAGCCGAAUUGGCGGGUGGCACCCCCGCAGAGUCCAAGGGGCUCGCUUGGGAUUGGGGGAGAUUGACGGCCCCGUUGUUGACGAAGAGCAAAGAUAAAAAUUACUGCAUUUGGCUGGAAGCCAAAACAAAAAAAAACGAGUACAGAAUGCUCCCCGUAGGAGAUGGACACGCAAGUGUAACAGAGAGAGGGUAAGCAUUGUGACCCUUUUGCCCGCGCGGGUCUUUUGUUCGUACCAUCUAAUAGCGCUCAGUGGUUGGUCCAAGAGCUCUCCCUCUCUGCGGACCGGGCGGAGAUUUUGAUGGCCGUGUAGAGGUGGAGGUGGCCUGAGGACCGUGGUCGUGUGGUUAUGGGUACGGGCUGUGUUGAACAAGUCAUGUUUUUCCGCGUUCGACAACAAACGUGCGCGGGUUUGCGUGUAUAUAUCGGGUAUG